CUCACACACGCUCAUUUUGCGUGCGCGCUCCCGCCGCGCCAACGAAUCUGCGCUCGAGCUCUGCAGAGUGCGAUCCACGGGGCUGGAGUGGUGCGCGCGUCUGCAUGCAAACGAGGAGACUAAAAUAAUAGGAAUAAUAUUAUGUAUUUAUUUUUACAUGUUUAACAAUUUUUAGUGUCUUUUUAUCAGCAUUCUCGCUCACCUGUCGUCAUUUUACAUUUGAUAAAACAGUAUUUAUACGGCCACUUUCAGCUAAAAAGCCCUGUAAUUUGUGGGAUUUUGAGGUGUUGUCUGAUGGAUGUUGUGUCUCGAAGUCGUUUCUGGACGUUUUGCGGAGCUUUCAGCUGAACCCUAUGCCUCAUUUACCGGACAGCAGCCGUUUCCCGCGAUUGGAUUUAUAAACAGUGACAAAAUCAGGGAAUAAAGGCGAGAUUUUGGGCCGUUUCGGGACUUUGGACGAUACUUUGGGUCUGUUUUUGAGAUUAAGAGGAGCUGAAGGAUGUACGCUGGACGUAAACGGAGGAAGCCGGUGCAGCGAGCGGUCAAGCAGCCUCCAGCCGAAGGUGCCAAAUCCAACCCGUCCAAGCGUCACAGAGAUCGCCUGAACUCGGAGCUGGAGCGGUUGGCCAGUCUGCUGCCUUUCUCUGAAGAGGUCACAUCCAGUCUAGACAAGCUUUCCAUCCUCCGCCUGAGCGUCAGUUACGUGCGUGCCAAGAACUUCUUCUCUGUUGCCCUGAAGAACCACAACUCUAGUGGGGCGACUGCCAACAUUGGUAACCGUGACAACGGGAAAGCCGUGGGAUUUGCGGGCUGUUGGAUGCCAGAGGGUGAACUCCUCCUGCAGGCUUUAAAUGGCUUUGUGCUGGUCAUCACUGCUGAAGGAACUAUAUUCUAUUGCUCCCACACCAUCCAGGACUAUCUGGGCUUCCAUCAGACUGAUGUCAUGCACCAGAGUGUGUUGGACCUGGUCCACACAGAGGACCAACAGGAGCUGAGAAGAAAUCUGCACUGGGCCAUGAACCCUCCACUCACUGCAAAAAACACAACUCCUGAAUCUGGCCAAGAUGUACAAGGUUCAGGCCCCUUACUGGAAACCUACAACCCUGAACAGCUGCCUCCUGAGAAUUCGUCCUUCUUAGAGAGGACAUUUGUGUGUCGUUUCCGAUGUCUCUUGGACAGUUCCUCUGGGUUUCUGGCUCUGAAUUUCCAGGGUAGGCUGAAAUUCCUGCAUGGCCAAAGCCACGCUGGGGAUGAUGGGGCUAAAACUCCAGCCCAGCUGGCCUUGUUCACAAUCGCCACUCCGCUCCAGCCGCCCUCAAUCUUGGAGAUUCGAACUAAGAACAUGAUCUUUAGAACCAAGCACAAGCUGGAUUUCACUCCAAUGGCCUGUGAUGCAAAAGGUAAAAUUGUUUUGGGCUACACUGAGGCAGAGUUAAGAGUUCGGGGGUCUGGAUAUCAGUUUAUUCAUGCAGCAGAUCUGCUUCAUUGUGCUGAUAACCAUGUCCGAAUGAUAAAGACUGGUGAGAGUGGUCUGACUGUAUUUCGACUCCUCACCAAGGAUAACCACUGGAAAUGGGUUCAGUCCAAUGCAAGACUGGUAUACAAGAAUGGCAAACCUGAUUACAUCAUUGCCACCCAGAGACCACUUUUGGAAGAAGAGGGUGGUGAACAUUUGCGAAAACGCUCCAUGCAACAUCCCUUUACUUUUGCCACUGGUGAAGCUAUGCUCUACGAAACCAGUCCUCCAGUAAAUGAAGUUUACCAAGAGAACGGAAAAACCAGCAGGUCAAAAAGGGGGCGGACUGAAAAAUCCCCUGAUGAAGCUCGAGGUCCUGGUUCUUCGCAUGUUUCAGUGAUGAGCCAAGAAGAAUCAGUUUAUUUGUGCCAGCCGGCUGUAGAGGCCAAAAUAACAUUUCCGAAGAACUUGUUUGGCGCACUGGAUAACCAAACAGAUAGUGGUGCAUUGGGUCCAGGGCCACCUGAGAUCAGUUUUGACCCCCUUUUAGCCACCUUAGACUCUUUGUCCCUAAGCAAUGAAGUUAUUGGGGAUUCAGAGGUCUGCUCUAAUGGAGAGCUGUUUGUUGCUCUGGAGGGUCUUGGAUUAAGUGCAGAAGAUCUAGAGCUGCUUCUUCUUGAUGAACGAAUGAUUAGAGUAGACAUGGACCCAGAUUAUGUUCCUACUUUGGAUGACCUUCUCACCAAUGACGAGAUACUGUCUUUCAUUCACGACUCACUUGAGCAAAGGUGUGAGACGGAAAACCACUUUUUCCCAGAUGUUCUACCUCCAGCCUCUGUGACUGUGACCACAUUGGUGCCUGAAACCUACACCACAUCAACACCUAAUGUGCAUGUUCCAUACAUCCCUUGUAGGCCACCACUGUGUGAUCAGCGACCCAUUGUCCACCUGUCCCAACAGAUGCAACUGCACCUCAGUAUACAGCAACAACCUCCACCACUUCCAGAUGCUAUGUCCCAGCACAUCAACCAGUCAAAGACACAUUUGGACACAAAUGGAUUUGCUUCCCAUACAGUGGCCUACAGUGCAACACUUGGUGAUCAAUGCAACACUCACCAGACUGUUCCCAACAAUGGUGCCUCAAUACUUAAAUAUGAUGCCAAACAGCUCUUCCAUCAACAGCAGUACCACUCACAGCGUCAGCAGUGGCCUAGCCUGUCGUCCCACUAUGCUUGUAAUGCGAAUGGAGUACACAGUUUAGGAUCAGGCCAUGUUCUGAAUCUAAACCACGAGCAGAGUUUAAGUUAUGGCAGUCAGUCAGACACAACCAGCAGCGACCCUUGCCAUCACAAUGGACACACCUCAGUGGAUGAAUACAAUAUGGCUGACAUUUCUUGUAUGCAAUUUAUAGUCAAUGGACAGUCGGCUCAGGAGAACGGUAUACACGAGGAGGAAACAAUUCCUUUGCAUCAAAGGGCUGAUGGGAAGGAGCAGCUGGCCCAAAUCUUGUCUAAUUUCUCACAGCAUAUCCUGAACGUUGGGCAGGCCUGCAGACAACUUUCCUCACAGGACUCGUAUGGAAUGUUUACCCUAGAGCCCGAAGACACACAGCAGGGCAAGGUAAAUCCCUCAGUUUCCGGUGACGUGUGUGCACCAGCUGUGCCAAAAGACAGUGUGAUGGCGCCUCCUAGUGGCAUUCCUCAACCCAAGCCCCUCUCCAAUCUUGCAGACUCACAGACAACUGGGUUUAUUCUUUGACAUGUGCAUAAAAUAAAAUCUUCUUUAUUUUCCAGUGUUUGGCAGAACCGGGUAACAGUUAUCAUUCAUCUAAUGACCGUGUAAGGAAAUUAUUCUCAUGUUCUCAUUGAUUUAUGUCAAUUAUGUCUUUAAUCAUUUUCUUAUGAAUUUUACAUUUUAGUGACAUUUGGUUACUUCCCUCCAAGAAAAUCCCUUGGACACAUAAGUGAUGUUAAUUGCGCAUAGACUAGACAUUUUAUUUUAUCAUGUUUAUUUAUUUUUUAAUGUUCUUUGGUCGUAUCUCACUUUAACGGGGAAUUCCACUGACUCUUAAAUAUGUAUGCAGAAUUAAGCAGAAAAUACUACUAAUAAUGUAGUAAUUCUCAUUUUAAACAGUCAGUCCCAAAAAGGCAGAAUAAGCUAACAUAACUCUGCAAUGUAAAUUUAAAUUCCUCAAGGCAAACUGUUUUCCAUUUUCUUAGAUUAAGUUUUUAACCAUUUGCACUGUUUCAAUUAUAAAAAAAAACAAAUAAAGAUCUCUGACUGUUUCAAGAAAUAGAUACUAUCAUACAAAAGAUUUGUUUUUAACAUACGAUUGUAAGGUUUAACAAAUAAAUGCAAAUAUAUGUACUAUAUGUAUGUACUAUAGAAGCUGCAUUUCUGAAGUAAAUAAUACAGUCGAAUCAGGGUGACUUUUUCAACUCAGGGCUUUAGGAAAGAUGGAAAAUCAUUAAAUAUAUGAUUUAAUUACAUACUACAUUAGAGAUUAUUCACACAUUGUGUUUCAAAGACACACACAUAUUAGCUAUUUUAACAAAGUACUUGUUUACAGUGUAUGUAAAUAUUUGUAAUACUGUAAGUAGCCUGAAACUUUAAUAUGAUGUGACAAUCAGAUACAAAUGUGCGCUACACAAUCUUGAGAGGGUGAUUUUUUUUGACAAUAAGUAUUUAAAACACUGCUGCUUCUCACACAUUUACAUUAUACUAAGUGUAUGUAUAAGAAAAUUACUUUGUGUGUUUAUACACACACACACACACACACACACAGAAAAUUUUUUGUGAGGAUGAAAAAUUGUGGUCGAAAUGUUUACUCAUUUGUCACUUGUUUUACAUUGUUUUGUCUUUUGAAAUAAACUAUUUGUGCAU